CAGCCGAAAUCAGUCGUCCGGCCGCCGAUAGAUCGUUAAAAGUCCGAUCGCUCGCGCCGUUAAUACCACAUUACGCACACUCUUUUUUAUCGUGUGUGUAUAACUCUACGUCGUAUUAUCCGGACUAAUGGUAGUAACCAGUGCGCGAUCCCGCGGGGCUAGUGUUCGGAACGCGCGCCAGCGAUGAGUUCCAAGUUCAUAAUUGAUAGCAUGCUCCCCAAGUACCACCAGCAGUUCCAACACCAGCACCUGUUCCAAACGUCGCCCGUCGUGAGCAGCGCCUCCAUCGAGGCGAGUCUAGCGUCCGCGGUGAAUUGCAGCUCCUCCGGAUCGCCUACAGGUUCCUCGCCAGGCAGCGCCUCGUCCACCUCGCCUGCUUCCAGGAUGUACCCCUACGUUUCUGCCGCUACCGCAGCAGCUCACCACCAUCACCAACAACAGGCUGUAGCGGCUGCGGCUUUUGGAGCCGCAGCUGCCACGGGUUCCAUGGUUCCCGGAGCCUUCCCCUCAAGCACCGCGGCUUUAGCCGCAGCUGUUGACGCAGCAACGACGGAUAAAUCCUGCAGGUACACAGCUGGACUAGGUGGCAACGUAGGUCCGACGGAUUCGAUGGUGAACUACACCCUCGGUCACCACCAUCAAAACGGAGCCGCAGUUUCGGCAGCCAGCUCGGUGAGCGCUGCCUCAGCUUCAAUGGCCGUCGCAGCUCAAUUUUACCACCAGGCAGCCAGCGCGGUGGUGGAUCCCCUCAAUUCCUGCUCGCAGCCGACGGCUCCGGGUGGCCAGCCGAUUCCCGACAUACCACGGUAUCCCUGGAUGUCAAUCACAGACUGGAUGAGUCCGUUCGAUCGGGUCGUCUGUGGUGAGUACAAUGGUCCCAACGGCUGUCCAAGACGGCGCGGCCGACAGACCUACACCCGCUUCCAGACUCUGGAACUGGAAAAAGAGUUCCACUUCAACCACUACCUGACCCGGAGGCGGCGAAUAGAGAUCGCGCACGCGCUGUGCCUCACCGAGCGACAGAUCAAGAUCUGGUUCCAGAACCGUCGGAUGAAGCUCAAAAAGGAACUGCGAGCAGUGAAAGAGAUCAACGAACAGGCCAGGAGAGAGCGGGAAGAGCAGGAGAGGCACAAGCAACAGCAACAGGAGAAACAGAAACAGAACAGUCUAGGGAGCGACAGUAUACACCAGCAUCAUCACGAUCCGAUGAAGAUGAACCUGACGAAAUCUGAGUCUUCUACGGAUCUACUGAAGACCGUGACGAAGGUUCCGACAUAAGUUUUUUACUUUUAGUGAUGUUUUUUUUUGUUUAGUAACGCUGUUUUGGUUUUCCUGGAUUAAGAACAGUUAAAACUUUAUUUUUGUUGUGUUUGUUGGUGUUGUAAUUGGGCGGUAUAUGUAUUUUAAGUGUAUAUAAGUCGUGUUAAGUUUCUAAUGUUUUUUUUUCGUUUUUUUUAUUGAAUUUUUUGGUUUAAAUUUGAAUUGGACGAUUGUUAAUAGGUAUCUUCUUAAUUUAUUAUGAAAAUGAAUCGUCAAAAUCAAUUUGCAAUAAAUAUAUUGUCGGUCUACAAACAAAACAACACUUUUGUUUCUAAAAAUAUGUAGUAGUUUUAUGUCUAUGGAAUAUUGUGAUAUACAGGGUGGUCCGAAUUGUACUCGGAAAACUUACGGCAGCAUAUUCUGCAGAUAAAAAUAAGUAAAAAAGUUCGUAUAAAGGGUAUAGCCGGAUUAAUAUAGGAAAUCUACCACAAUCUGGCACACAAAGCGGUCUUGUUCAGUUGUGACUCUUUGACGACUUUGUCUGGGCCUGUUCUUGAGAGUUUCUCGUUCCA